GGGUGUCUUCUUGACAGCUGAUGGGGCCCUGAAAUCCUCCUCCUCCACCUCCGCCCCCGCCCCCGCCCCCGCCCCCCGCUGAAAGGGAGGUUAUGAAAUUGCAGGGGCGGCGGAGGGAAGCAGCCAGCGGGGAGCUCACGGGGCAUUUGGAGCGAGUGGGGAAGGUGGCUGGCCCCCGGGGUGGCUGAAAUAAAAAUUUUAAAAUAAUAAUCAUCAUCAUCCAGUCCAAUUGCGCACUGGGUUGUGAUGAGAAAUCUAAUCAGAUCUUUGGAGCAGGGGCCGGCCCGGAGGGGGAUGCGUGGGGGGAGCUGAUCCCCACAUUCUCUGAAAGGUGGGAGGGGGCAGCCGGAGAGAGGAAUCCACGAUGUAAAAGGAGAUUUUUUUCUCCCCCCGGCGGUGGCGGGUGCCUGGCCGGCCGGAAGGAUGCGGGACGCAGCAGCUCGUGCAGGAGAGCAGGACCAGCGAGGCUGCUGCUCGUGAGACCGGGAUCUCCGCACACAUGUGUCCCCGAGCCCGCGGGGAGCGCUGAGACAUGCAAUAGACCGGUGUCCGACUCGCGGGAGUCGAUCGAUAAAUAAUAAACAGCUGCCCGCCCCCCCAUCCCCCCCACCCCUCGUCCUUCUCCCCAAAAAGGAUGCUUGGAAAUGGAGCACCGAGGAGCCACGCAAAAGAAAAAGUGUGUUCGUUUUUUUCUACAAAGGAGGAAGUAAGCCAAGGAUAUAUUUUUUUGGAAUGAAAAGUUUGGGGCUUUUUUUUUUCUUCUUCUUCCUUUUUUCCAGGAAAGUAAAGACCUGAUAUGGUGGUGUUUUCGAGGAAAUUGAUAACACAUCUGCAAAGACACCGUGGAGGAGGAAAAAGUUGACCGAGGCAGGAGGAGGCAGUGAUUGGGGGAGAGGCGCCCCGCAGAGCACAGUGGGAUGCGUGCCUGGGUGGACUGAAAUUGAUGGAUAAUUGCCCGUUGGAUUUUUCAUCAACCUCCUUUUUUUUUUUUCUUCCUUUUUUUCUUUUUUUCUUUUUGGUGUCAAGAUCGUGCAUUUUCGCUUGUUCGUAACCACCUGGAUUUCCAUCUGGAUGUUGCUGUGAUCUGGUCGGAAAUACAAUUGUCAAACACGUUGCCUGUUUAUGCAUGGAGACCACAAUGGAGAGCUAGACUAUUUGAGCUCCAGAAGGACCCACACCAGAUAAAUUAUGAAUGUUGAACAAGAUGACCUUACAUCCACAGCAGAUAAUGAUAGGUCCUAGGUUUAACAGGGCCCUAUUUGACCCCCUGCUUGUGGUGCUGCUGGCUCUUCAACUUCUGGUGGUGGCUGGUCUGGUGCGGGCUCAAACCUGCCCCUCCGUCUGCUCCUGCAGCAACCAGUUCAGCAAGGUGAUUUGCGUUCGGAAAAACCUACGCGAAGUACCCGAUGGCAUUUCCACCAACACUCGGCUGCUGAACCUCCAUGAGAACCAAAUCCAGAUCAUCAAAGUGAACAGCUUCAAGCACUUGAGGCACCUGGAAAUCCUACAGUUGAGUAGGAAUCACAUUCGAACCAUUGAGAUCGGGGCUUUCAAUGGUCUGGCGAACCUCAACACCCUGGAACUCUUUGAUAAUCGUCUUACCACCAUCCCGAAUGGAGCUUUUGUAUAUUUGUCUAAACUGAAGGAGCUCUGGUUGCGAAACAACCCCAUCGAAAGCAUCCCUUCUUAUGCUUUUAACAGAAUCCCUUCUUUGCGCCGGCUAGACUUGGGCGAAUUGAAAAGGCUUUCGUACAUCUCAGAAGGUGCCUUUGAAGGUCUGUCCAACUUGAGGUAUUUGAACCUGGCCAUGUGCAACCUCCGGGAGAUCCCUAACCUCACACCGCUCAUAAAACUGGAUGAGCUAGAUCUUUCUGGGAAUCAUUUGUCUGCCAUCAGGCCGGGUUCUUUCCAGGGGUUGAUGCACCUUCAAAAACUGUGGAUGAUACAGUCCCAGAUUCAGGUGAUUGAACGGAACGCCUUUGAUAACCUUCAGUCACUGGUGGAAAUCAACCUGGCACACAACAAUCUAACGUUACUGCCUCAUGACCUCUUCACACCCUUGCAUCACCUAGAGCGGAUUCACUUACAUCACAACCCGUGGAACUGUAACUGUGACAUACUUUGGCUCAGCUGGUGGAUAAAAGACAUGGCCCCCUCCAACACAGCUUGCUGUGCCCGGUGUAACACUCCUCCCAAUCUGAAAGGGAGGUACAUUGGGGAGCUGGACCAGAAUUAUUUCACAUGUUAUGCUCCUGUGAUUGUGGAGCCCCCAACAGACCUCAAUGUCACCGAAGGCAUGGCAGCUGAGCUCAAAUGUCGGGCCUCCACAUCCCUGACCUCCGUAUCUUGGAUCACCCCAAAUGGAACUGUCAUGACACACGGGGCGUACAAAGUGAGGAUAGCUGUGCUCAGCGAUGGCACGUUAAAUUUCACAAAUGUAACCGUGCAAGAUACAGGCAUGUACACAUGUAUGGUGAGCAAUUCUGUUGGAAAUACCACUGCUUCGGCCACCCUGAAUGUUACUGCAGCAGCCACCACUCCUUUUACUUACUUUUCGACUGUCACAGUUGAGACUAUGGAACCUUCUCAGGAUGAGGCACGGACCACAGACAACAAUGUAGGUCCCACUCCAGCGAUUGAUUGGGAAACCACCAAUGUGACCACCUCUCUCAUGCCACAGAGCACAAGGUCAACAGAAAAAGCAUUCACCAUCCCAGUGACUGAUAUGAACAGUGGGAUCCCAGGAAUUGAUGAGGUCAUGAAGACUACCAAAAUCAUCAUUGGCUGUUUUGUGGCCAUCACACUCAUGGCUGCAGUGAUGCUGGUCAUUUUCUACAAGAUGAGGAAGCAGCAUCAUAGGCAAAACCAUCACGCCCCCACAAGGACUGUUGAGAUCAUUAAUGUGGAUGAUGAGAUUACAGGAGACACACCCAUGGAAAGCCACCUGCCCAUGCCUGCUAUUGAGCAUGAGCACCUAAAUCACUAUAACUCUUACAAAUCUCCCUUCAACCACACAACAACAGUUAACACAAUAAAUUCAAUACACAGUUCAGUGCAUGAACCGUUAUUGAUCCGAAUGAACUCGAAAGACAAUGUACAAGAGACUCAGAUCUAAAACAUUUACGGCUACAGAAAACAAACAAUUAAAAAAAGGGACAGUUUAUUAAUAUUGACACAAAUGACUGGGCUAAAUCUACUGUUUCAAAAAAAAGUGUCUUUACAAAAAAAAAAACAAAAAAGAAAAGAAAUUUAUUUAUUAAAAAUUCUAUUGUGAUCUAAAGCAGACAAAAUUAUGUGUAUUCCUCAGAACCUGUUUUUGCUGCACUUAUUUCCUAUUUUCGCAUAUCUUGUCCCUGCCUUCCCUGAUUGCCAUAUUUUUCAUAGAUCUCAAUUCCCUAAGGAACUGGUCUAGGAAAUUUUGUAAGAAUUCUGUUACAUUUUGAGAUUUUUAUGGUGAAUUCUAGUGGUGAGAUCCAGUCUAUUUUUGUCUUUAUUUUUCCUCUUUUAUUUACCCCCUCAUGCCCUCAUGACAUAGUCCAAUGGGGAAUGCAAUAUUAGAAAUAGAUUUUUAAGAGAGAACAAGGAAAAUAAUGCAAGAUCUUAUAUUUUUCAUGUAAUGACCUGUUCUGUAUUUAUGAGGAGGACCAUUCAGUGGAAAAGGAAAAAAAAAAAAAAAAAAGUAAACAAACAACAGAUUAAUUUACAUAUGAGCACCUAUAAAACCCAUGAUCUUUUCAACAACUCUAGAACCAGAAUUUGUAGUUCAAACGCUAAAAAUAAGAUUAUAAAUAAAAAAUAUUGUUGGUUUUUCUGUA